AUGAGUUUACCUUCGACACAGUCGUCGCAAAAGCUUAGAAGCUACGCGAAUUUCUGCCAGCAGUUUUGCCUGCAAGUCGAACGAAACAUGGCGAAUGGGACGACGAACUGCCCGAAAUAUAUCUCGCAGGUGGCGAAAGUUGUCACGCAGCUUGUCGAUGAUCAGCGUUGGAAUAAUUUUUGUAAUUUCGCUGGAAAACAAUGCGAAUAUGAUGGUGGUGAACUGAUUAGCAAAUUUGUUCGGAAUUGGUUUUUUGCAGUUGAACAGCUUCCAGAUCAUUCGUUGAAUGCUUUUCAUAUGUAUCAGUUAGUACUGGAAUUAAUUAAUAUCGAAUAUUUAGCUGUUGAUCCUUCCGUUGUUUUCCAUUUUCAUCUUAAUAAAGAGCUGGAGUCAUUUAAAGAUGAGCAAUUGCUUCAGCUUUGCAACUUGAUUCGUGAAAAAUUCAACCGUGGAAUUCCAUUACCUAAAAGGCUAGUAGUUUUCAGUAUUUUUUUAUAUUUUUUGGUCAUUGUUAUAUUAAUAUUAAUAUAUUACGCAUGGCUUGGUGCUGUUGUAAUAAUCAUGAAUUAUUUGGGUCAGAAGGCAUCUAUCAUUAAUUUCGAGGGAAAGGCUAUCAAAGGAUUUCAGUAUCGACAUUCUUUUUUGUUACAACUUCUUCAUGAUGUUCUUUCUAUCGAAACUUUUGAAAAAUUGAUCAUUUUAAUAAGAAAUUGUUUGUUGGAUGAAAUAUUGAAAGAGUAUGUUAAUGAACUAAUGGCGCGACAAAUAGACUCUCAAAUUAUCUUGAAACUUAUUAUUUCUUCAACAGUACUAGCUAAUGAAAUUAAAGAAAUGAUAUUUCUCUAUUUGUUUAAAAAUAUAAAUUUGCCAUUGGUCGAUCUUUAUCCUGCUUGUAUGCGAAUACAUUAUUUGUGCGAUUCGAAUCCUUACUUUGCAAAGACAAUUUUAAAUAUUCUAAGGCGUAAUCGAUGUUUAAUAAUCUGUCAUAUUUUUGCUCUGAUUUGUUUAUUAACGCUGUGUAAUAUUUCGCGAUUUCGUCUGUUGAGUCUUAUCGAAUUAAAAAAAGUAAUUGUUAUUCUGCGAAAACAUGGGAAAUGUCUUGAGGAUAGCGCUUGGAUGCAAGCAGUUAUGAAAAAUUGUGAAAGCGAAUCCCUCAGAAGGAAUCUAGAAUUGUUAAUAAACAUCGUAGAGGAUAUCAGAUGGUUACCAGUAGUUGGCGAGGCCUUGAAGGAUAUAGCAUUUAGCAUUAUUGCUGAUAAAUCUAAAGCUGAUUUGAGAUUUGUUAAUGGGCGAAUCGAGGAAGACACAACUAUUGUUAAUUAUGCCAAACGUAUUUUGUUAUCAUUGGUUGAAAAUCCGAAGUCCAUUCCUAAUGUAAUAAAUGGUAUAUUUACUGCAUUAACUGCAAAUCCUGAUCGAUAUUCUUCUGCUGUUUUGAUUGAUGUAGUUAUCGAACUUGUAUUGCAACAUGCAGUACAUUUGUUAAACUCUUGGAAAUCGCUACGUAAAAUUAUUGAUAAUAUUUGUUUGCUUAAAGAAGAAACAGCUGUUUGGCUUGUACGUGCCCUCUUGCCAAUUAUCAUACAAAGACCGCAACUUAUUUCCGCUAUCGUCACUCAGAUGCGUGGGAAUGUACUUGAUGAGAAAAGAGUAGCUACUGCAUUACCAAUUUUACUUCUUAUCCUAAAAUCUUCCAUAAUGCGGUCAUCUAUCAGAAGUAAUCAGUUCAGUCAGUGUUUUGCUACGUUCUCUACUCAGGCAUUGCAAGAAUUGGGAGUAAAUGCUUGCGAUAGUAAUGCAGCAGUUUCAAUGGAAGUGAUCGCUGUUCUUAAACGCGCAUUGUUUCAACCAGCGCCAACGAAAGUUUUAUUGUAUAAAGGUAUAGUUGAUGCAUCAUAUUCUAAUGAAAACAUUAUUAUUCCUGCUUUGGAUUUGCUAUGUGCACAUCUCGAAACUCUUCCGGAUAUAUCGCGUCAGUCUUAUAUUGAAAGUGUAAAAACAACUACUAUUGUACUUGAGCCAUUGCCUGAACUCAUCCAAUCAGUUAGCAUACUUAUCCGAUUAUCUAUUCAUAAUAUGCAUAACACAUCGACUCAGUUAAUUGAUGGACGUGAAUCACAAGUAGCUGAGGUGAUUUCUCAUCUAAAUAAAAUUUUGGAAUUUGUACUAGAAAAUGAUAUUCAUGAUCUUCAGAUCGAUAAAUUAUCGGAUUUUUCGGCAACACCACUUGGUCGAUCAAAUAUCAUGUUCGCACAUAUGAUAAUCGCUAUUUAUGAUGCACUCAUUGAGCAUUCAUGGCAUAUUGAAAAAGUAAGUGCGUUAUUACGAUCGCGGAGUGAGUUGAAUGAAGUCUUAAAAGAAAAAAUGGUUAAAAGAAAGGAAUCGAAAGGUGCAGUUAAUAUUCCUUCAUCGCCGUCUUCAUUCUCUUUACAGUUGCAGACAAUAACUUCCAUUGUUUCUCGCUUCAUCAAAAAAGAUAAAGACGAAGGUGAUGAAGCGAAUGAACAGUGCUUAGAGCUUUUGCGGUCUUGUGCUUUUGAUUGGGUAAUGGAGUGGUCCGAUCGUAUUGCAAGGGAUCUGACGCGCUGUGUAUCUAAUGCCUCGCUUUUAUCACUUACCUCUUUCGCGAAAUGCAUGUUGUUGCUUUUUGUCGGUAAAAAUCUGGUGAAUCAAGCUGUGCGAUUCGAACUAUGGAGUCGCAAAAGCACGCAAGCAAUUGCCGCAUUUUCUUAUUCUUUGUCAUUUAUUAUAUCGAAGUAUAACAGUAAAACAAUGUUAUCUCGCGCUCAGACUUCUAUUCUGGAAAUUUGGCAAUGUGUAAAUGAUCAAAUGAAUAACGACCAACAAAUUUCUUUAAAUGCAGCUGUCCCGCGAUUAUUGCGUUAUUUAUUAAUAGUUCUUCUUCCUGGAAUUCUCGAAUCAUAUAAAGAUUACGAAGAACAUAAAGCUUCAUCGGAUUAUAUACGGCAAGCAAAUGCGCUUCUUAUGGCUAGUCGAUCAUUGCUUCAUUUGAUUCCAUUUUCAAAUGAAAAAUUUAUUGGUAAUACUGAAAGACUUCUGUUAGUUUAUGUUAAUAAAAGCGUUAAUUUUAUAGUUCAUUUAGCUGAAAAAUCAAUCAUACGAGAAAUAUGGAAUCUUCUAAUCUAUGUGGCUAGGCGUGGAAAAUGUGAUAAUUUUUAUACGAAUUUAUUACGACGUACAGCAAAAGAAAUAUUGGAAACCUUAGCGGGUGACACUAGCAAUGCAAUGAGAAUGGAAUCAAUUAAAGAGUUUUGUUUGGAAAUAUGUUGUGAAAUGUUAAUUAACGCUUGUUCGGCAUCAUUGUCGGAUAUUCGCAUGCUCUUGGAUAUAACCAGUUGUUCUGCUGAAAAUUCCAUUGUUGACAACGGCAUUUGCAGUGCUAUCGAAUUUUGUGACCGUCUAGCUGAAGUUAUUUUUAUGAUUCUACCGAUCCAUGUCCAGUAUGGCUUGUUAAAGGAGCAAAUAUCGUCACUGUUAAGUUCAUUAUACAAUACGAUGAAUGUUAUGGUCUUCCAACUUCUUUCGAAACAUAAAUUAUGUAAUAUAUCUGAAUGGAAAUGUUUAUCUAAAUUAGCUACAGUGACCCGUGGAAAUGUUCUUCGUAUAAUGGAAAUUGCAGAUGAACAUGUAGGAACGUUGAAUCCACUUGAUCAGCCGAAUAUGAGUCAUCAACGCAAAUAUGCGAAAGCAUUAAAAGAUGAAACCAUUUAUGUGAGUUAUGUUCGAACACGGGAACAAUUUCAGGCCAAUUUACUUUUGCUCAGCACAGCUUUACAUGACGAUCGACUGAAUGUACAAGUCCGCAAUAAUGCAAUUGGAGUACGAGAUUUUCGUAUAGACGCAGAUAGGUUAAGGCAGCGAAUGGAAGAAAUUGAAAAUGAUAAUGAAGACAGUGGUGAAGAUCGAUCACAACCUUUGAUAAAAAGAAAGCGCCCAUAA